CCGGUUCAGAGGGACGACAGGACACACAGACUGUUCACUGCAGAGCCGCUGGUCAGCCGGGUGAGGAUGAAGAUGAAGAUGAAGAGCAAGCUGCUUUAUGCUGCCAUGGCGAUGGUAGUGAUGUCAGCAUUGGUCGGACUCACAUCUACAACAACUCCUAAGGGUACUACUACAACUCCUAAACCGACGACAACAACUCCUAAACCGACGACUACUACAACGCCAAGAUGGACCUCCACAACAGGAGCUUCUGGACUAAAUUUAAAUGGGAAGAUGUUCACUUUGUCUCGUAAUGGAGAAGGAAUAUCCUUCUAUUCACCCUAUUAUUCUCCUACCACGCCGACCUACAGUACAUACUCCAACCGUCCCUACUACACCACCAACCGUCCCUACUACACCACCAACCGUCCCUAUUACACCACCACCCGUCCAUACACCACCACCACCACCCGUCCCUGGACCACCACCACCCCCCGUCCCAGGACCACAGCACCUCCUACUAGAGGUGUGUCCGUGUGUCUGCGUUACCUGCCCGACUAUCUAGCAGACAUCCCCACAAUCUUCACACUCAGUCCAUCCGGCAGAAGCCCUCUGCAAAUGGGAGUCAGUUCUUCAGGGUUGUACGGACUAUCCUUUGACAGAUAUGGUUAUAACUACCUGUACUUGAAACCUUACAAAAGGUUCUCGCAAAACAUCGUUACGGAAAUCUGGACCAGAGUCUGCCUCACUGUGGACACCAUGAAGAAUGUGGCCCAGUUGUUCAGCGACUCGAGCAUGAGCAUCAGGAAGAUGCUGCCUACUAAGUAUGUGUGGUCAGGUGAGCCUGUGAUUGAUUUUUCAGGUUUUGAUGGUCAGGUGACAGACGUCCAGAUAUGGGAUUAUCCUCUCUACUACAGAGAAGUCUUCCAGUACAUGACCGGCAGUCGCUACGGGCCGUACUCUGGCUCCGCCCUCUCCUGGUCCUACAUCAGCUACUCCCCCAGAGGAAACGUACUGUUGGAAGACGUCUAUGAACCGCAGUGGCAGGACCGACAGCCAAUCAACCGCAGCAAGGAGAGGAAAGGCCGUUGGCCAAAGGGAGAGAAGAAGACCAGGGAGUUUUUCAAUUUGAGUGAGGAGAAGAGAGAACAGUUUUAAUGAAACGCACAACGCCAGGCGACAAAAGCUGUAGCCUCCGUUUUUCACUUAAUAAUAAUAACUAUAAAGAAUUGAUCAAUCAACAAUUAAUGAUAAAUGACAUUUAAA